AGGCGCCGCAGCUCCCCUGACUAGUCCCGCCGCUGCGGGGCCCACCCGGCCGCACCAGAUGUCCUCGGCGGCGAUCGAGGUCUCGGGCAUCGCCGAGCAGUCGAGCCGCCUGAGCCUGAAGAAGGCCAUGGAGCAGUUCGGGGAGGUGACGGGCUGCCACAUGGGGCAGCGGGGCGUGGAUCUGCCAAUCGUGCGCUUCCAGACCCAGGCCAUGGCGGAGACAGCGCUCGACGCGCUCAAGGGCGGGCAGGUGUGGCUGGACGGCUGCGUGCUGAGCGCCGAGUGGCGCGGCUCUGGGGGGCCCAAGUCGGCGCCGGGCCCCCCCCCGGGCUCGGGGCCGGCUCUGCGUAGGGACGAGGCGGCCAUGGACAUGGGCAGCCGGGACUUGCUAGGAGGGAGCCGCGGUGGCGGUGGCGGUCGCGGGGGGCGCAGCCGGAGCCGCGAGAAGGACCGCAACAAGGACAAGGACUGACAGGGACCGCGACAAGGACCGCGACAAGCGCAAGAAGGACCCAGACCGCAGCCACAGUAGGCGCCGCAGGCGCGACUGAGGUGCAACCCCCCCGGGGGGGUGGCCGCGGCGGCCGUGCUCGUGUGC